UCUCUCUUCCAAUUUCUUUGAAGAUUCAAAGUUUAUUUUGUUGUUAGAUUCAGCAAUUAUUUGCAGCAAGAAAAAUGGCCUCUGUAGAUUCCAUAAUCGACAUGGAUAUACAAAACAGAGUCUCAGAAAAUUCCAUUUUUUAUUCAAAUUUCAACCAAGAAAAAUGGAUAGAGCAGAUGAAGAGCAUACUCAACAACAAUGAGGAUGGUCAUGGAAAUGAAAUUGACAAUCCUGUCACCAUUUUUAAACUGCCUUCGUCGCUUAAAGCGACUUACGCUGAAGCUUAUACACCACAAAAAUUAGCCUUAGGACCUUACCAUAAUUUCUUGCCUAAGCUUUACAAGUUGCAGAAGUGCAAGCUUCGUCAAAUAGAAUCGUUUCGUCGGCAGCUUAAUUUCCCCGAAUGCAAAGUUCUCGUUGAUCAAAUCAAGGGAAAAGCGGGAGAGAUUCGGCUCUGUUACUACGAGAGUUUCGAUAUGAAUGAUAAUACAUUGUCCUGGAUUAUGGUAAUUGACAGUCUUUUCUUGCUGCAGUUGAUCUAUAAAGAAGCAUACGAAAACGUAGAUUCAUUGGAGUUCGUGGACGCAUUCGGAAGCAAGAUUACCUUGGAUCUUAUCCUUAAAGAUUUAGUGAUGAUUGAGAAUCAAAUUCCAUUCUUUGUGUUAGAUUAUCUUUUAUCUCUGUCCAAAUCUACAUUGGAAAUUGAAUCUUUAUCGAGUAUGAGCAUCAAAUUCUGUUCAAGAAUUUCCCCGAUAGAACUGCAAGGGAUAUUUGUCGGACAGAAUUUUGACAAGGCUUUUCAUCUGUUAGAUCUUCUCUACAAGAUGAUUUGGUAUGGAGGGUCGAUAAUGACUGUACACAGUGUAAGCCCGUUUUCGACGAGAAGGAAUAGCAUCUGGAGUCAACUAUGGAGUAUGAUUAAGACACUAAACAUCGGUGUCUUAGCCAUCCCCGUAAGAAUCAUCGAUUUAGCUCUGAAAAUCUUACCAUUACUCGGAAUCUCCUUUUCGUUCGAAGCAUCAGAGGAGAAACAUUUGAUCCCUGCAGCACUGCAAUUGUCGGGUGUUAAGGUUAAGUUGUGCAGCACAACUCGCGGAACUAGUGCCAUUGGAUUCGUCAAGGAAGAUGUCGCUCUUCGUCUUCCAAUCCUCAACUUGAAUGUUUAUUCAGAUGUCAUUAUCAGAAACUUACUCGUGUAUGAAACUAUUGCCAAGCCGGAGACUCCAAAUUUCGCCCGUUACAUCGAACUAAUGGAAGCCAUGGUUCAAACUGUUGAAGAUGUGGAGCUACUAAAAAACAAGAGAAUUUUGAGGCAUGAUGGAGACAAUAAUGAGGUUGUAAAGCUCUUUAGCGGAAUUAAAAGUUCCAUUCCGUCCGGAGGUAAGUCCGAUUUGGAUCGUACAAUCCACGAUCUUAACGAGUAUUACAAAAAUCACUGGAAGAUAAAGCUAAAGACACUAAUGAAGAAGUAUGUGUAUUCUUCAUGGAAGGUUCUUACAAUUUUUGCUGCCAUAUUGCUCCUGCUGUUGAUGGUUCUUCAGACAUUCUGCUCAGUUUUCAGCUGCCAUGGUAUAUUCAAGAUCAGGAUGAGUAGCUUGAUUUCUAGCUUCUAGCUCGUCUGCUUUUCAACUAGUCAUCAAACUCUCAGUUAAUUACAUGUUCUCUUGUAUUGCCGUUCUUAUCGAUUUCAUGGAAAUAGAUAUGAGAGAAAGGUUAAUCCGACUCUCGAACUUUUUUCUUGA